AUGGCUCUAGACAGAGAAUCUAGCGAGAGCUCGCAGCCGAGCUCGGCUCACCAAGAUGAGAUACAUGAGGAGAAAUCCCUUCUGCGGCGAGAAUCGAAUGUUGGAUACUAUGAUAACCCAGUAUUUGAGGAGAUCAACUCCGAGAGGAAGACCGAACUGGCUCGCAUCGCAUCCAACUUCCACAGGCGUAGCACCGCGGAGUCGGGGGUGAGCAGGAAAACCCUCGAAAGGAAAGAUACAAUCGAUGAGAUGAGCCUUGACGACCCGGUCUUUGAUCCUACUAGUGAUCAGUUUGACCACUACAAAUGGGCUCGGAUGAUGAUUAAACUGAGAGACAGGGAGGGUAUGCCUCGACCUCCAUCCACUGGCAUUACAUUUCAAAAUCUCAAUAUCUCCGGCUCGGGAUCGGCCCUUCAAUACCAGAAUAAUGUGGCAUCGCUCUUUAUGGCCCCCUUUCGGCUCAACGAGUACUUCAGCUUCACGGGAAGCUCCCCCGAGAAGCACAUUUUGCGAGAUUUCAACGGUCUUAUCCGGAGUGGCGAACUGCUGAUUGUCCUAGGACGACCGGGAAGUGGUUGCUCAACCUUUCUGAAGUCUCUCUGUGGCCAAUUGCAGGGACUGAAAAUUUCGAAAGAGUCACACGUCCAGUACAAUGGUAUCUCUAUGGAGACCAUGCUCAAACAGUACAAGGGAGAGUUUCUUUACAAUCAAGAGGUGGACAAACACUUCCCUCACCUGACAGUGGGCCAAACUCUAGAGUUUGCAGCCGCAGCAAGGACUCCUGAGCACCGAUUGCAAGGCAUUGACCGACAAAAAUUUGCCAAAUACAUCACUCAGGUCGCGAUGUCCAUUUUUGGUCUUUCUCAUACUUACAAUACCAAAGUUGGCGAUGACUACAUCAGAGGAGUGUCCGGUGGUGAGAGAAAACGGGUUAGUAUUGCAGAGAUGGCCGUUACGGGGUCACCGUUCGGUGCAUGGGACAAUAGCACCAGAGGACUUGACUCUGCAAGCGCUCUGGAAUUUGCCAAAGCAUUGCGAGUUUCCGCCAAUAUCGCCGGCACCUGUCAUGCCGUGGCAAUUUACCAGGCUUCGCAGGCAAUAUACGACAUCUUCGACAAAGUAAUUGUUUUAUACGAAGGCCGGGAGAUCUACUUCGGACCAUGCAGCAAGGCAAAAGAGUACUUUACCAACAUGGGUUGGUAUUGUCCACCACGCCAGACGACUGGUGACUUCUUGACUUCGGUCACCAACCCUCAAGAACGUCAAGUGCGAGAAGGAAUGGAAAACCAGGUCCCGCGGACUCCCGAUGAGUUUGAGAUUUAUUGGAAGAAAAGCCCCGAGUUAGCUCAGCUUGAAAGGGAAAUUGCCCAUCAUGUGGAGGAGUUCCCCCCUGGAGGAGAGUCGGAGCAAGUGUUUAAUCAGGUUAAACGGCACCGACAGGCCAAGCACGUUCGACCAAAGAGUCCAUAUGUCAUUUCCAUUUCAAUGCAGGUAAAGCUUUGCACCAUCAGAGCAUAUCAGAGGAUUUGGAACGAUAAACCGUCUACUUUGACAACAGUUAUUGGUCGAAUUGCGAUGUCUCUUAUUAUUGGUUCUAUAUACUACGGGACCCCAAACGCCUCUGCCGGCUUUCAAAGUAAAGGAGCUGCUCUCUUCUUCGCUGUUUUGAUGAAUGCCCUCAUUAGUAUUACGGAGAUCAACUCGCUUUACGACCAACGUCCCAUUGUAGAGAAACAAGCUUCCUAUGCUUUUGUACAUCCUUUCGCGGAAGCAUUUGGGGGAAUCGUGUCCGAUAUUCCGGUCAAAUUCGUAGCCGCAGUGGUAUUUAACAUAAUCUUUUACUUCCUGGCUGGAUUGCGUUAUGAGCCCUCCCAGUUCUUUAUCUUCUUCCUAUUCACCUUUCUUAGCACGCUUGCGAUGUCGGGAAUUUUCCGGACUCUUGCCGCCUCGACCAAGACCCUUUCCCAAGCAAUGUCUAUGGCUGGUGUGAUAGUGUUGGCUAUUGUCAUAUAUACAGGGUUCGUGAUUCCAGCACCUCAAAUGGCUCAUAUUCCCUGGUUUAGCUGGAUUCGGUGGAUUAACCCGAUCUACUACACCUUUGAGGCUCUAAUUGCCAACGAAUUCCACGGUCGACGCUUUGAAUGCUCGCAGUUUGUACCUGCUUAUCCUAGCCUGAGUGGAGACUCUUUCAUAUGCUCUGUGCGUGGUAGUGUUGCCGGUGAACGAACUGUAUCUGGAGACGAUUACAUUUACUCCCAGUACCGGUAUACGUACGCCCAUGAAUGGCGAAACCUCGGCAUUCUGAUUGGAUUUUGGAUUUUCUUCACCGCGCUGUACUUGAUUGCAACUGAAAUCAACUCCGAGACUUCUUCGAAGGCUGAGUUCCUUGUGUUCCGCCGUGGUCAUGUUCCAGCUCACAUGCGCAACCCUGACAGGAAACAGGGAGAUGGCCCCAACGCAAACGUUGUUCUUGCGGAGAGGUCCGCAGAAAUAGCGCCAGACACCUCUGUAAUUCCUGAACAGCACAGUGUUUUCACCUGGAGAAAUGUAUGCUAUGAUAUUCCAGUUAAGGGAGGUCAACGGCGUCUUCUUGACAAUGUUGCCGGAUGGGUUAAGCCAGGUACACUUACAGCGUUGAUGGGUGUCUCUGGUGCUGGAAAGACUACUCUUCUUGACGUCCUUGCGAAACGUGUUUCUAUCGGGGUUGUGACGGGCGAUAUGUUCGUUGAUGGAAAACCGCUUGACAGUAGCUUUCAACGGAAAACAGGCUAUGUACAACAACAAGACCUACAUCUUCCAACAAAUACUGUAAGGGAGGCCCUGCGCUUUAGUGCUCUUCUACGACAACCAAAGUCUGUCUCCAAGGCAGAGAAAUACAAGUAUGUCGAGGAAGUCAUCGAAAUGCUUAAUAUGCAGGAUUUCGCCGACGCAAUUGUUGGAACUCCAGGGGAAGGAUUGAAUGUCGAGCAAAGAAAGCUAUUGACAAUUGGUGUUGAACUUGCUGCAAAGCCUGCUCUGUUGAUCUUUCUUGAUGAGCCUACCAGUGGUUUGGACUCUCAGAGUUCCUGGUCAAUUUGCUCCUUCUUGCGCAAACUUGCAGAUCGUGGUCAAGCGGUGCUUUCUACGAUCCAUCAACCCAGUGCCAUGCUCUUCCAGCAAUUCGACCGCUUGUUGUUCCUGGCAAAAGGAGGAAGAACUGUCUAUUUUGGGAAUAUUGGAGAGGAAUCGCGUACCCUGCUCAAUUACUUUGAGGCAAACGGAGCACGGCCGUGUGCUGCAUCAGAAAAUCCCGCCGAGUACAUCCUCGAGAUCAUUGGAGCUGGGGCCUCUGGCAAAUCAGACAAGGAUUGGCCAGUCAUCUGGAGCGAAAGUCCUGAAUUCAGAGAAGUUCAGAAGGAGAUUGACCGAGUUCAUCAGGAAAGGUCCGCAGCUCCAGUGGAGGAGAACCACUCUGCACACCAACAAUACGCGAUGCCAUUUGGUACUCAAGUGUGGUAUGUCACCCACCGAGUGUUUCAGCAGUAUUGGCGUGAGCCGGUCUACAUCUGGGCCAAGUUGGUUCUAGCUGUUGCUUCCGGCCUCUUUAUUGGGUUCACUUUCUUCAAGCCGAACAGCUCGCAGCAAGGAUUCCAAGAUGUCAUCUUCAGUGCCUUCAUGCUAUGUUCCAUUUUCUCAACCCUAGUCCAACAGAUCAUGCCUAAAUUCGUUGUCCAACGAUCCCUCUAUGAAGUUCGUGAAAGGCCCUCAAAGGCCUACUCCUGGGCCGCCUUCAUUAUCGCCAACGUUCUUGUCGAACUCCCCUGGCAGAUUCUCGCUGGAGUCCUCUCCUGGGCCUGCUACUACUUCGCCAUCUAUGGCGCAAACCAAGCCGCCAACCGCCAGGGUCUAAUGCUCCUCUUCGUGGUCCAGUUCUUCCUCUUCACAUCGACCUUUGCGACAUUCAUUAUAUCUGCCCUCCCAGACGCCGAAACAGGAGGUACCAUCGCUACGCUUCUCUUCAUCAUGACCCUGACCUUUAACGGAGUCAUGCAGCCACCAUCCGCCCUCCCAGGCUUCUGGAUCUUCAUGUACCGUGUUUCCCCACUAACCUAUCUUAUCGCGGGCCUCACUGCGACAGGCUUACACGGCCGAGCCAUCCAAUGCUCUACCGAUGAAUUGAGUGUAUUCAACCCACCAUCAGGACUCAACUGUGGCCAAUACCUGGCUCAGUAUCUCCAACUCGCGCCAGGACGACUUUAUAACCCAUCUGCGACACAGGGAUGCGAAUACUGUUCUCUGCAAAACGCAGAUCAAUACCUUGCUGCUUCUAAUAUCUACUAUAGCGAACGCUGGCGGAACUUCGGAAUCGGGUGGGCCUAUAUCGGAUUCAAUAUCAUAGGCACCGUCGCACUGUACUACAUCUUCCGCAUUCGACACUGGAACCCUACGUCAUUGAUCCGGGGCAUUAGAGACCCAGGGAGGCUUGUCUGUCGGGUGUUCAAGAGGCGUUCUGGACAAACCCCAAAGGGUAAGGAGGCUGAUAACGGGAGACUUUACUAA